AUUUAAGCUUUUUAAUUUUAAUAUCGGAUGUUGUACACAUCACCACCAGUGCAAUGAAAGUUCAUUUAAUAUUUAUUACUCUUCAAAUAGCUUUGGGCUCCACUUUCGAACUAUCUUACAUCUUGCCUGAUGAUGUGGAAAGUUGGUAUGUUGAAUAUUUGAAUGAUAACAUUACUGAACCAAUGGUCGAAAGAAGUCUCGUUGAAAAUGAACUAACUUCUCUGGAGAAAGACCCAGACUUGCUUAAAUAUUUUUUAUGGACUCAAGAUAAUCCAACCAAGGAACAGCGUCUAAUUCUGGGAGAUCCCUCAACUAUUCAACAAUCUCAUUUCAACAAAUCAAAUCCGACAAGAAUUAUGAUUCAUGGCAUUCGUUCAUCGCACAAGUCCGAAGUUUGCACAAUAAUCCGAGAUGCACAUUUGAAGAAAGGACCUUACAACUUCAUCUGCAUGGAUUGGUCUAAAAUCGCAUACAAAUCAAUCCCCACUUCACGUCUCUGCAUGCCAAGUAUGGGCUAUGAUUUGGCAAAGUUCAUAGAAUUCUUGAUUCAAGAUGGUGGAAUAUCCAAGAAAAAUUUAAUUGUCAUGGCCCACAGCUAUGGAACACAUAUUGCUGGAAAUGGUGGAAAGUAUUUAAAAAAAUGGAAUAACACUCUACCCCUGAUUAUUGUAUGUGAUCCAGCAAAAGCUUUAUAUACAUACAAAGAUUGUUCGACAAGAAUUUGUUACACUGAUGCUGACUUUGUAUUGUCAAUUCAGACAACUGUAACAACUGCUGGAUUUGCUAGGCCAAUUGGGGGCGGAGCUUACUAUCCGAAUGGUGGAUAUAAUCAACCCGGAUGUCCAGAUGACAAAAGUCAUUAUUUGUGUAGUCAUUUAAGAUCGUAUAAAUAUCUUGCUGAGGCUAUUUUAAAAAAUGAUUUUCCUACUAUUGAGUGUAAAAGUUAUAAAAAUGCUUUGCGUAAACAAUGUGGAAAUACUUUUAGUUCAAUAAGAAUGGCGUCAGAAGAAAGUUUUGGAAGAAAUGGAACUUUUUAUGUACCAGUUAAUAGUAAACCACCAUAUGGGAAAGGAUAA